CAGGCCUUCUGAGUUCCGAGGGAACGAACGAAACGAUCCCCAAACCGCGGAAUCCGUCGCUGCGUUGCCCUGCCUCGCCGGCGGGAUGGACCCCACGCCUCACCGCGGCGACUCGCCGUCCGCCGCGGCGCCGUCGCCGCGGUUCUCGCUGCAGCCGAGCCGCCUCCCUCUGGAGGACAUCCUCUUCUGCGUCGACGUCGACCUGGAGACGCGCUCGGAGAUGAGGAUCGCCCCGGGCCCCGCGCCGUCCACCCCCGCCGCCGCCGCGUCGCCGGGCGCCGCGGGGGCCAGCUCGGGGGUUGCGGCGGCUGCCAGGCAGGGGCGGCCGCCGGUGAAGAGGAUGGACGCCGUCAAGCAGGCGCUGCUGCUCUUCGUCCACAGCAAGCUCACCAUGUGCCCCGAUCACCGCUUCGCCUUCGCCUCCCUCGCCGAGACCGUCUCCUUGGUAAAGAAGGAUUUCAGCAGUGAUGCUAGUUCAGCAGUGGAGGCGAUCCAAUCCCUGAAUGCUUCAGAAACGAGAUUUGCGAUGGCUGAUCUAACUCAGCUCUUCAAGAUAGCUUACCAGGAAGGGAAAAGAGCAGAAUUGCAAGGGCGACUACUCAGAGUGAUACUCAUCUACUGCCGAUCCUCAACUAAGCCUCAACAUCAGUGGCCCAUCAAGCAAAAGAAUUUCACCUUGGACAUAGUCUAUCUUCAUGACAAGCCUACUGCUGAUAACUGCCCACAGAAGGUAUAUGAUGCUUUGGUUGAUGCACUUGAGCAUGUCAGCCAGUAUGAAGGAUACAUUCUAGAGACUGGUCAGGGGCUUGCUCGUAUCCUUUUCCGUCAGACAUGCGUUCUUCUGUCCCACCCCUUACAGCGGUGCAUGCAAGAUGAUCUUGAUAUUCCCAAGCCACUUGCUAAGAAAACUCUGGCUGCUGAAGCUGCGCAGAAUGAAGAUGGCGUCCCAGUGUCCACCCAGUAGGUAGGUAGUCAAUCAAGAGUUUGAUUUGUUUCCAUUAAGCAUGUUCUGUGUAAUGUAAAUGACCAAGGGAAUAUCAUUUUGUUCGUUGCUGUGUCAUGCUUGGCAUAUGGUGUUGAACUUGCAGAAUGCACUUCAUACAAAAGUUGUGUGUAGUGUGGCACUUAA